UAACCACUCUCGCCUCCUCCCCCGUCUGUACUGACUACUGAGAUGGAAGCGAGCAAGUGAAAGAGAGAGAUUCCUGGCUUCCUGCCUCACGCGCACGCACACCAACCUCAAGCCAUCGGGCUCUCUCACCCCGCACUUCUCCCACCGCCACCGAGGCACGGCUCUCGAACCUUCCCACUGCUUCCUCCCUCCCUCCCCUCCCCUCCCCGCGACGAGACGAGACGAGACCGGCGGCGGCGGCCGGAGUCAAGAGCCUUCCCUAUGCAGCGGCGGCGGGGCCUCGCCGCGCUCGCCGUCCUCCUCGCCCUCGCGGCGCGCGGCGCGGACGCGUCCGUCCACGAGUACUCGGGCGGGGGGUUCGCGCCGCGGGCCAACUCCUUCUUCUUCCACGGCGGCAGCGAGGGGCUGUACGCCUCCGACCCCACCUCCAACUCCUCCGCCUCCUUCAUCAGGUUUGACUCUGUCACAUUUCGACGGACCCAGGAGUCAGCAGGUAGGCAUGAGGCUAUGCAGCAAAAGACAGGGUUAGUUGAGGCUAUUAUUGUUGAGAUCCAGGACAGAAGCAAGAUUGGUGGUUCUUACUUGCAUUCUGAUGCAAUAUGCUGCACUCCUGAGCUCGAUAAAGAGAAGUCCUGCAAAGUUGGUGAAGUAAUUAUACAGCCAAAUCCUGAUAAUCCUGACUGGCCAAAAAGGGUUCAGACAUUUUUUAGUGGUAGAGAUGAAGAAGCUAGCAUGGUCACACAAGUUGUAUCUAUAAACAAAACAGGGAUGUACUACCUCUAUUUUAUGUUCUGUGAUCCACAGCUCAAGGGAUUGAAGAUUACAGGCAGGACUGUUUGGCGAAACCCACAAGGUUAUCUCCCUGGUAAAAUGGCCCCAAUGAUGACAUUUUAUGGUUUCAUGUCGCUUGCAUAUCUUGUACUUGGACUUCUGUGGUUUCUUCAGUUUGUGCGAUGCUGGAAGGAUAUUUUGCAGCUGCACUACCAUAUAACAGCUGUUAUUGCUCUUGGCAUGUGCGAGAUGGCUUUCUGGUACUUUGAGUAUGCUAACUUCAAUUCGACUGGAAACAGACCUAUGGCUAUAACCUUGUGGGCAGUUACAUUUACUGCUGUGAAGAAGACCAUAUCUCGCCUUCUUUUAUUAGUGGUUUCUAUGGGAUAUGGUGUUGUUAGACCCACAUUAGGUGGGGUUACAUCUAAAGUAGGUGCUCUUGGUGUCGUCUAUUUUAUUGCUUCGGAAGGUCUUGAACUUGUUGAAAAUCUUGGAAACAUCAAUGACUUCUCUGGGAAAACAAGGUUAUUUCUGGUGUUACCUGUUGCCAUACUUGAUGCUACCUUCAUUAUCUGGAUAUUUUCAUCGCUCUCGAGAACUUUGGAGAAGCUCCAGCUGCGGAGAAGUAUGGCAAAACUUGAAUUGUAUCGGAAGUUUACAAAUUCUCUAGCUUUGUCAGUUCUUAUCUCUAUUGCUUGGAUUGGCUAUGAGCUAUACUUCAAUGCAACUGAUCCAUUGAGUGAGCUAUGGCGAAGGGCUUGGAUCAUCCCUGCGUUUUGGAAUGUUCUCUCCUAUGUCCUCCUUGCCAUCAUAUGCAUCCUUUGGUCUCCGUCUCGCAAUCCAACAGGGUUUGCGUAUUCGGAGGAUACAGCUGACGAGGCUGAUGAGGAAGGUCUCUCUCUUGUAGGCAGUGCUGUGAAAGGAACUGGAGACAUAGUGAACAUGCAUGUGUUUCCAGAGGAUAAACGUGCAUGACAAGUUGUCAUCUUUAGUGCAGCUGUACUCCUGGCUGAGUGCUAUGUGAAGUACCGUUUCCCUCUGCAUUCAUGGCAAGCUUACGACUUCUGAAGCUUGCGUGCAGUCCCAGUGUACAGGUCGUGACUUUGUAUGGAAGGAUUUGACUUCUAUAGAAUUUUACUCAAUCCGUUGAUGACUAUCCAAUACAAAAAUGUGCGGGAAAUAAACAAUGACUUGGAGAGCGUGCUGGGGUUACUUGCUGUAAUUCCUGCGCAUGGUGUGGCGUGUGUAGUAGACUCGUAGGUCUUGUUUGGUAGAAGCGCACAUUGUUAAACACAUUGACUGCAUCCCCACGUAACGUUGGUAUGAUGACCUCGUGCCAGUUGCUUAUGCAUUGCUCGCACGUAUGAGAUAUGGAAUGAUUUAAUUCUGGGUGUUUAUUCAAGGUUCACCAAACCGUUUUGAGUGAGUUUGGUGGUAGCUGCAUGGUUA